AUGUUGAGCUGUCGAGAACUUGCUCCUUUUUCUUGUAGCGUGCCAUUUUUAGCGGCUGCAACAGCAUGGGACCAAACUUAUAUCAAUCUAGGCAAUGUGUUUCUAUCAGAUACGACUGAGAAAGUUUUGACACAGGUCAAGGAUUUGAUUGAUUUCAAUGAACCGAAUAUUAAUCAAGAUCUUCUUGUCGCAAACGUUUCUGAGAAGAUCUAUCAUGAUUAUCGAUUUCUCAUGAAAGAUGUUGAUAAAACGUAUGAACAGAGUGUAAAUGAAGUAUUCAAUCAAUAUAAAAACACAAUAUCAUCACGGGCAGCCAACGGUGAUAUGCCGGAUAAAUGUGUCCACGAGGUUGUACGUGCUGUAGAACAGUUUAAAACUCGUCUUUUAGCUCGCACAGGCAAAACGAUGCGAAGAAAUAUACCUGACCAAGUGAUAAAAUCUGUUCAAGUUGGUUUAGCACGAAAGGGAAUUGAUUUAAACAAAAUCAACGUGACGAAAAAUGAACUUGGACAACUACUGAACGAUUUAUCACAGAAUGAAGAAUUUAACGUGUAUCCUAUCGUCAACGAAGUACAAUCAGCAAUCUUACCGUCGAUUCAAAGUCAAUUUAAACCACAAAAGUUCAAUGAAACAACGUUGCAGGACGAAGCAGAUACGUCUCUCUCUGAUUCGAGUAGCUAUUCCGCUCAUGGUACACGAUCUCGACGAGAUGAAACCAAUCGAAAGCACAAUCGACAUAGCCAAAGAAAGCAAACAUCGAAUACUUCUAUUCAAUUUACUGGUGAAUUCGUUUUUCUUUUCAAAUUCCAUGAAAACAUUUCUCGUCUAGAAUGUACUGAUUAUGAUCCAUAUCGAAAUUAUGCGAAAUACAAAGCAAAACGUUUACAUGAAAAUAAACAAAACGAUGUCUAUUAA